CAGUGUAAAUCCUCGACUCCCAUUCAAACAAGCAGUCAGCAGUUUGUCUUCCUGCUGCUUCACAUGUACCUCAGACUCAUUCCGCUUCUCCUCUGAUAGUAGACAGGUCCACAGUGUAGAUAGUAUCAUCGUCUUUAUUGAAAGAGAAUCGUUUCAUGGAGCUAUUUUUUGGGGUUUUGGUUGUUGUCAGUAGUUUUGUUAGCACACAGGGCUGUUUAUUUAUCAGUUAGGCAGAUCAAUCAUUAUGGCGUCCACUCUAGCUCCCGUGAGGGCAGAAAGCAGGCCGACGUUCUCCAUUGAGCGGAUUCUUGGUUUGGAGCUGGAAAGACCUGGAAACUGCCUGAAACUCCACCGACCCUGGGCAGAGAUUGGAGCGGAGAAGGAGAACAGAGGAAACAGUAUGUGCUCUAAACAACAACAUUGUUAUCAACAACAGCAACAACAGCAACAGCAACAGCAACAGCAACAGCAACAUCAUCGUCAUCAUCAUCACCCUCAGCAGCUGAACUCUCCCAGGCCGCCAUCAAACUGGUAUAUCGGACGCAGACCACGCACUGCCUUCACCAACAGCCAGGUGAAUGUGCUGGAGACAGUGUUUCAGGUGAACCCUUAUCCAGGGAUCCAGCUGAGGGAGCAGCUGGCAGGGAGGCUGGACCUGGACGAGGACAGAGUACAGAUCUGGUUUCAGAAUCGGCGGGCCAAGCUAAGGCGUUCCCUCAGAGAAACCCGUCUGCAGCUGGUUCAGACAGCUGUGGCUGACCUCGGGGUCAUAGGUCAACUGAAGGCAGAGGGGGGUGUGCGAGGCGACCUGGAUCUCGCCCAGCGGCUCGCCUCUCGUCUGCAGCUUGAGGUGGAGGAAGAGGAGGAGUGAUGCUGAUGAACUCGCCCUGUUUCUGGAUGCCCCGGAUUGUUUCCAUUUGUUUCUACCAGCUUCUGUCUUUACUCUUUCGUCCUGC